GUAUAUAUAAAAUAAAAGUCCACAAAUAGAUCCUAACGGUUACUAUUUACUUCUUCAUCACCUAUAUAUAACAGAACCAUUUUGACCAAUCAUUGCAUAUGAAUAAAUGAUACAGGAAGACAACUCGUUCUAAUGUUAGUUACUGUGUAGAACAUGAUUUGCGAAAAAAUUUACCGCCUUUUUGCUUUUCGAUAGUUUAGAUCAUAAGUCAGUUGAAACUAAAACACCGUGGAAAACCUGGAGACACUAAAUGGCGUUUCUUCUUAUUGUAGGACUUCUCAGCACUGUGCACCCACUGUCCCGCUUCUCGAGAUUCGAACCCAGGAUCUAUUAGUCUCGUGAGCGAACACCUAGACUCUAGACCACUGGGCUGGCCGGCAGUCAACUGUAUUAUUGUCUAACCUCAACCAAUUUACGAAAUCGACUGACACAUCCUCCAUUGUCAUCAGUGAGUUACUAUCUCACAACAGACCUGCUUCUCACUAGAACCCCAGGAUAUACCUCUUGAAGCCAGUCAUCUAUUAUCGUCAUGAACUUAUUACACUAUUUUCAGCCUAACGUCAUAAAACUUCAUUGUGUUGAAUUUUCGAAAUCUAUGUUUACAAACAUCAUGGAAGCCAAAUAGAAAUAAUAUGCAAUAAAUCAUUUAUGGCUAGUUGAAAGACCUAAUUUUUAGGGAAUCCAGGAUGCUAAUUUCGCCCCAUUUGGGGCGCCCAUUUCUAACCACAAUCUAGCCCUGUCUAUAAUGCUUGUGAUUAUAUAGUAAAAUCGAGGCAAUCCGUACAGGAUACACACAUGCCAACAAGAGACUGAUCAACUGGAAUCCUAAACAAUAUUAGGAAGUGGGUAGUUAUUUAAACUCGGUUGUUAAGAGAAUAGCACGAUGUCGUUUGAAAUAAACGGCAACGAACUUAAGUUCUGGAGUGAACAUCAAUUGCUUAUCCAAUUGGAUUUUAUUUACUUGAAGAGGUGCAGUUGACUCUAAUUCUAGUUCUCUGAUAUUCCACUAAUUACUCAUUUACUUUAGCUACUAUUCAUGACGAAGGAUUAGCUACUUAUAAGUAGCUAAAAUGUGUUAACGUAAUUUUUUGCAGUUUGAUGUUAUUUACCCCAACAAUGAAGACCUGAAAAUAAACUUCAUUUCAAAAUACUUUAAUAGUUUGAUCAUUAAUAUCAGGUGUUUUGUGGAUAUUAUACUAAUUUCAAUAGUUCAGAUCAUGAGUUAAUUGAAGCUAGACCACCAUGGAAAACCUGGAAGUACUGGACGACCGUUUCGUCCAACUGCGGAGCACUUCAGCAGUGCACAUCCAUGAUCCUGCAUCGCAAGAUUCCAACCCAGGAUCUAUUGGUGCCGCGCUCAAGCGCUUAAAAUCUAGACCAUUGAGCCAACAUCCAGAGUUGUUAGUAUCUAACUUCAACUAAUCCACGAAUUUAGCAACAUAUCCACCAUUGUCAUCAAUGAGUUACUAUCUCACAAAAUACCCGGUUGGACUGCACUGGUCACUACUUCUCAAUAGAACUCCAGGAAACACCUCUUGAUGACAUCAUUAUUAACCUUUUCUCAGGAAAAAAACGUCAGGAUAAUUGUCAGUCGCCCUGAAUUAAGCCUUAAGAUUGUGAAGCAGAUUUGUAUCUCAUGUUGUUGCUUUUAGAGGUGAUAAGUAUACUGAGUUCAAUAGUUUAAUAGUCACGCCUUUACUAUUUUUAUAGAAGCUAUUUUUAACAGUAAAAAUUUUCUAGAUAGAGGUAAGCUAUCCCAUUUUUCAAACAAGUGACCUGCAUUUUAUUUUGUAUACCUUGGUUUUCAUUGUUUGUUGUUGCCCCUUGUAGUGACAUUAUCUACUUCUUCAUUUCCAGUUUAACUGUUUCGGGUAUGCUGAAGGCACCUACCAAAAAUAUUAGAUGGUCGCACAUUAUGGUGAACUGAUUGGAAAUAGGUUUGUACACAACUAGACUUUGACUUAGUAGUUCAUACGUUAAGCAUUCGACUAAGACUAAGUGCCCUGGGUUCCAUUCUCGAUGGAGGAGUGGUGGUUGGGCUCUGCUAAGGAGUUCUAUACUAUCAUAGAACAUUUAUCCAGUGCCACUAGGUUUCUAAUAGUUACCUCGUUCUCUAAACCAUCUGGUUUAAUCGUGAAGAUUUCAAUGUUCUCUUGAACAACAUCGCUACCACAAACUUCAAGUAGACGUGGGGUAUUCAAAUUUCAUAAAAUAUGACUGACAUCAUAUCUUGACGACCUUAAUCUUGAUUUAGUGUCAUCGAACCCUAACCUGUUGUUGUCUAUAACUGUUCAGAAGAACAAUGAAGAUCUAACAACGGAAACCUAUAUCUUAGAGUACGAAGCUACGCUAAAAGCUUACUCAUUUUCAAGCUACCGAACUAGUUAUACAUAUUAGUUUGUUUUUAAUUAAUACAUUUCAAUAUUCCAUUUCUAUUUUAAGGCACAGAUGAAACAGCAAUUAUCAACAUAUUGGCACGUAGAACAAAUUAUGAACGUCAAGAAUUAUGUCGAUCAUACAAAAGUUUAUAUAAACAUGUAAGUAAUAAGUAAGUAAGUAGCGAAAUAAACAUAAAAUCAAGAUGACAACUGAUACUGCACUCAUAUAAUACUUAUCAAAACUGGAUCAAUGUUUUAUGCUGUUGAAGUAGGCUGGAAUUAUGUUAGGAGCGGCCAGAUCAAAACAUGGCACAAAUCCAUGAAGUCACUGAUAAGUGGACUAAGCCAUGUUGGUAGGUAUAGACUAACUACCUGGUUGGGAUCCGCGAAACGAUAGCAAUCGAUGGUUAGAGAUCUUGAAUGUGACAUGGCUCAAAAUCGUUUGCAAUGGCGCAAGUGCAUCCACUCUUUGUGUUCUCCCAAAUUCUAUUCUUCUCAAUUCUUCAUAUCCCUUUCUUUUGUCUCUUUCCAAAUUUGUUUCACUGAAUUAUACUCCUUGAAUACCAUCUUCAAAUCCUAAUGUUCCCGAUCGUUGCUUAUACUUUUACUACCUAUACCACUAAGGGAUUUGAAUCGACAAUUGUAUCACUGUUAUGAUGUAUCAUGGCAACUCGAACUGAUGUACGUACGUACGAAGUUCUACGCUGUUAACUGACUGACUGACUAUCAAAACUGGCUACAACAACUAAAGAUAGAAGGCAUGUUUGUGUACGUGGGCUUACUAAAACUACUAAAUUCAAAUUAUAGAAGACUUAAUAUUAGCUUGAAUAAAUAAAUCGUAUAAAAGGAAAUGUAUUCAGAUAUCAGGUUGAUUUAUUUCCAGGAUCAAGCAAGUUCUGAACAUCAGUAUUUGUGCUCUCAUUUUGAUGUGUGCUAUUAAUGUCGACACAUAUAAGUAGUAUGUAUCACCGAUCGAAAGUGAAGUGUCUGACGGAAUAAAGUUAAGUAAAUCAACAAGAACAAGAAUGAGGACAGAAAGUGACUGGUGGGGAAACGAAAGAACAUUCAAGUCUGAAACAACCGAUGGAUAUUUUGCAAAUGAACUAUUUACUGUAUGGUUCAGAAAUUUGAUUAUUAUCUACGAUUGUAUGUUCGUUUCUUCGGAACUUUAUUGUAAUUGUUAUAUGAAUGAUUGUAAGACGUACGUUAGUCUGGGAAAACGUUGAACUCACAUUGAGAAGCACCUUAAAGAAGAAUAGAUCAUUUCUCGAAGCUUAGCAUUUAUUUCAUUCGAUGAUCAAUAUUCUUCGUUGAAAUUAACCAUACCUACCAGACUGUUAUGUCUUGAAACCGCCGUCCAAUAUCACGCGUUAUUUCCUCUAUAGCUUAGUGCUCUUGACUUAACUGAUUACACCUCAACCAAUCCUAGUGACCAUAAGAUGACAUCUAAGUUCUUAUUAGUUCACUAAUCGUUAGAUUUUUCCUAUAUCCAGCCUUGAGUCCAGAAUCAGGAAUCAGUCCCAACGAAUAGUAUAUUUCAAGCAAAGGUAGUAAAUAUGCAGAUAUAUCAGGAAAUAUCACACCAGAAAAUGAAAAAUCGAAGUGGAAGUGCAGUGAAUAAGAACACAGAUGAGAACAACCGACUACAGAGUUACAUGAUAAAAUAGAAAAACCAUACUGCAAUACUACAUUUACAAUAUGUUCAUUAAUUGUCUUAAUUUCAAUGUGCUUGUUGAUUGACGAUUGACCUCAGUACCAAACUUCUGAAAAUUCUUUGAUGUUUUCGGAAUGAUCGAUUUAGGGGUUUUGAAGAUUGUUAAGUUUUUGUUGAGAUCGUGAAUCGAUUGGUGUUAGACCAACAUGGAAAACCUGGAAGCACUGGACGGCUGUUUCGUCUUAUUGUAGGACUCCUCAGCAGUACGCAUCCACGAUCUCCCUCGCGGGAUUCCAACCCAGGGCCUUCAGUUUCGCGCGCGAACGUUUAACCUACUGAACCACUGAGCCGGCAUACAAUGGUGUUAAUGUCUCAAAUCAACCAAUCAACGAGAUUACGUGAUCAUCUUCCAUUUUUGGAAUUGCCUAUAAUCAAAAUUUCCAGAUUUUCUUAGUUGAAUGUGUGUCCUCACCAAAUGUCUACAUGCAAUUGUGCACAUGUGGAGAAAUUCGAACACUUCACUUUUAUCUGAAGUUUGUGCUGAUGACAUCGUUCAGAAAAACGACGAAAGCUCUAUGACCAAAUCAUCCAGCUCAGAGAACAAAACACCAUCUCAUAGUUGACCUAUGUCUGAAAUUUACACUGAGGAUGUUGUUUAGUUGUACAAAUAACUAUUAACACAUUGUAACGAAUGAGAACACAAGUGGGGAUAACGAAGAUGUAAAACAGUUAGUCCCUUUGAUAAAUUUUGAUAGUUUAGUAAGAAGACAAAGAUCAUUACAAACUAUGUGAUGAUAUAUUAUCGCAAUAUAUUCCGAACAAUUUGAUCACAAUGACCAGCGGAGUUCAACCAGGUCGGUUGUGAGAUAGUAACUCACUAAUGACAAUGAUGAAUGUAUCACUCGAUUUCGUGGAUUAGUUGAAGUUAGAUAUUAACAUUAUUGGAUGCCGUCCAGCUCAGUGGUCUAGAGUUUAGGCGUUCGCUCGCGAGACUAAUAAAUCCUGGGUUGGAAUCUCUCGAUGCGGAAUCGUGGAUGUACACUGUCAAGAAGUCCCAAAGUGGGAGGAAAACGCCGUCCAGUACUCCCAGAUUGUCCAUGGUGAUCUAGCUUCAAUUGGUUCAUGAAUUCAAAUAUUAUAAUAUUUACAAAACCCCUUUCUAGUUAUUUUAUAUUUUACUUUUUUUUGAAAAAGGAUUUAAAAGACGAUUUGAAAUCGGAGACUAUUGGAGACUUUCGUAAAGUUUUAUGUCAGCUAGUUGUUGAUACACCUUAUAUGUUGGCUAAAUCAUUAUAUUAUGCAAUGAAAGGCUUAGGAACAAAUGAUCGUGUACUUAUUGAAAUAUUUACCACAUUAUGGAAUGAUGAAACAAGAGCUGUAGCUGAUGCUUAUAAACAAGUACUCAAAGACAAAGGAAUUGAAGUUUUUGUUUUCUAUUUUACACUUGAAUAUCUUUCAAUAAACAAACAAAUAAAAGAAUCAGAACGUUCAUUAGUUACUGAUAUGAAAAAAGAAAUAAGCGGUGAUUAUGAAUAUGCAUUAAUGUGUUUAGUUCAAGCUGAACGUGAUGAGAUACCAGUAUUACAAUUGAAAGCAAUACCUGAAAAAGGUAUCAAUUCAAUCAUUAAUCAUGAAUUAGCUGAAGCUGAUGCUAAAGAUCUAUAUGCUUCAGGAGUUGGGUAAGUUAUUGUUAUAUGUAUAUGAUGAUUUGAGACGAUUUUAAAUACAAACAUACUUAUAGAUAAUGUGAGGAUGACUAACGGAUGAACUUGAGGAAGUUUUAAGAAGUUCAGAAAGAGCUGAAGAUGCUCCAUCCAAUCAUUUUUUGGAAGAAUAUUUCAGAAUCUCUAAGUGUAGCUUCCCUAUUGGACAAAUGCUUAUAAUAUCAGAAGGGGUUUUGUGAAUAUUACAGUAAUUUUAAUAGUUGAGAUUAUGAGUAAAUUGAAGCUAGACCAUUAUGAAAAGCCGUUACGUCCUAUUGUCGGACUCCUCAGCAAUGCGCAUACACGAUCCUGCCUCACAGGAUUCGGAUGCAGGAUCUAUCAGUCUCGCAAGCGAGCACUUUACCUCUAGACCACUGAGCCGGCAUUGGAUAGUGUUAAUAUCUAAUAUCAACUAAUCCACGAAAUUGAGCCACACAUCCACAUCCUGGAGUUCUAGUGCGAAGCAGUGACUAUUGGAGUUCAACCAGGUCUGUUGCGAGAUAGUAAAUCACUGAUGAUAAUGGUGAAUGUGUCACUGGAUUUCGUGGAUUAGUUGAAGUUAGAUAUCAACACCAUUGGAUGCCGGCCAGCUCAGUGGUCUACAGUUUAGGCGUUGGCGCGGGAGACUGAUAGAUCCUGGGUUUAGAUCUUGCUUAAUAGGACGAAACGGCCGUCUAGUGCUUCCAGGUUUUCCAUAGUGGUCUAGCUUCAAUUGACUCCUGAUUUCAACUAUUAAAAUUACAAUAAUAUCCACCAAACCUCUUAUGAUACUAAAGCAGAUUACUAAGGCGGAAUCUAUAGUUUUCAGAAUUCCUACGUAAAUAUAUCAUUGCUAACAGAAAUAUUUUAUUCGUCAAUAAUAAGAUUUCAAGUAUAGGGGUUGUGGAGAUUAUUAAGUUCUAGUGAGAAGCCGUGAUCAGUGGAGCUAAUCCAUGUCGGGUAGAGACAGGUAUCUACCUCAGUACAAUGGAAGUUGGUCGCGCAAUUUCGUGGAUUGGUUGAUGUUAGACACUAUCACCACUGGAUGCUGGCUCAGUGGUCCAGUUGGUUGGGCGUUCGUGCGCGAGACCGAAGGCCCUGGGUUCGAACCCCGCAAGCGGGAUCGUGGAUGCGCACUCCUGAGGAGUCCCACAAUAGGACGAAACGGCCGUCCAGUGCUCCCAGGUUUCCAAAAGUGGUAGUCUAAGAUCAAUCGGUUCAUGACCUAAAUCAAUUAGAUUUCAAUAAAGUCGUAACUCGGUGUUAUUAUGGCGUGUACUCCUGAUGUCAACAGAUAUAAGUAGUAUGUAUAUCAUCAAUCGAACGUGAAAUGCCUGGUGACAGAAGGUUAAGCAUAUCGAAGAAAAGGGGACAAGAACAGAGAAUGAUUAUUGGGGAAACGAAGGGACAAUUAAGUUUGAGACAAUUGAUAGGUAUUUUGCAAAUAAAGUAUUUACUGUAUGAUUCCCAGAUUUUAUAAAAACAUUCUCUAAUGUAUAGAAGUACAUUUGGUUGUCCCCACUUGUGUUCUCGUUCAUUCAGUAUUAAUUCACCAAUAACUUAUAUUACUUACUUAUAUACUUGUGCUUGUUACCCCUAGUGGGGAAGCAUAGUUUGCCCAUCAAGAUUCUCUAAACAACUCUGUGCUAAGCAAUCUUUUUCAAUUGUUAUUUAUCCUUUUAAUUCUUUAAUCUUUUUCUUGUACUUUUCCCUUCAGAAUUCCAAGUUAAGACUUGCCUGGUGACUCUGGGGAUGAUAACAAAGGUCAUCACUACCAUAAUGUUAGUUUGUUACUGUAAAUCAUUCCAGUGACGUCUUAACUAGUGAAUAGUUUCAACAAGUGAUUCUGAAAGUUUUGGUGAGAAGCUAUAACCAGCGGUAUUUAUUAGAUCGAUCAAGUAUAACGCAGUUACACACUAAUGGUGUAGUGAACGAGUACAAAAUUGGGGAUAAUCAAAUAUACUUGAAUACACAAUUGUAGAAUGUCUUAGUACAAUUUGAGAACUAUACAGUACAAUACUUCAUUCGUAAAAUGUUAAUCAAUCGUCUUAGACUUCAUUGUUCCUUUGUUUCCAUAGAAAUCAUUCUCUGUUCUUGUUCUCUUCUUUUUGAUCUUCAUAAACUUCUACCUCCAUUGAUUUCAUUUUCGAUUGAUCAGACAUACUACUUAUAUCUAUCGACAUCAGUAGAACACAUCACAAAGGUGCUGGAAGAUGAUUACGUAAUAUCGUGUAUUUAUAGAAACUAUUAAACUAUUACCAGACAACUCAAUGUUAGAAGAGUUUAACACUAACUACGAGACCUGAAGAUCUUUGAUUUGACCACCGUUAGCGUCGUAGAUGAGUACCGCCGACAAAUUCCAUAUUCGAAUCCAAUAGCUGUUGAUUAGUGUUGUAAACUGUAAUUGUUUUUUAAUGAUGGGCGUCACCAUAACGUUAUGUUUAAAUAAAGAAAAAUGUGUUUUUUAUUGAGAUCAAUCGACUCAUGAUCUCAAUCAAAAAAAUUUAACAAUCUCCACAACCCCUAAACUGAUAAAAAUGUAUUUCUUUAUUUUUUCUAUAAAGUCGGGUUGGUACUAGUGAAAAACGUAUUACACGGGUUAUAUGCAAUAGAACACCAUAUCAAUUAUAUUUAACAUCUGAAAUCUAUUUCAAAAUGUAUGGUAAAACUUUAUUGGAACAUAUUGAAUCGGAGACAUCAGGUGAUUAUCGUAAACUUCUUGUUGCUAUCUUACGAUAUGCAAUCGAUCGUCCCGGUCUAAUUGCUGAAUGGUUACAUGAUUCAAUGGCUGGUUUAGGAACAAAAGAUUAUGCAUUAAUGCGUUUAUUAAUUACACGUUCUGAGAUUGAUCUUCAAGAUAUAAUGAAUUCAUAUGAAUCGAUUUAUGGUAAAUCAUUAUUGAAUGCAGUAAUAGAUGAUACAUCUGGUGAUUAUCGUCGAACAUUAUGUGUACUACUCGGUGAAACAUAUAAUCAAUAAUAGUUUCAUUAAAACAAAACAAUAUAUUAAAUCAUUUGAUUUUGUCAUUAUUUAUUUUAUCAUAUUUAAACAUAUUAUUACAAACUUGUGACCUUGUGUUGAUCAAUUUAAACACAGAAAUAUGGAUACAAGUAGGUGCCAAGUAUAUAUAUAUAUGCGCUACAUUUCGUUAUUCAAUUUGUGUGUAUGAUGAGGGAGGGGUUGGAAUACUGUCCAGAUCCACUGCCAGAGUCAUUUAUCUAAAGAUCUAAUCCAUAUGACAGUGUAGUAACAUUAAGGGAUACAAUCUCAUGAUAGCCAGUGACUAACAAUAGGUUCAUACGAGAUUUGUUCCCUCAGGAUCUUGGAGUCUAUGUGCACCAUUGAUUUAGAAUGAGGGUUUUCUAACUAUCCUA